AUGCGUUUCUUCGGCUUGAGCGACCUGAAUUUCGGCCUCUUGCCCGUUCUCAUCGCGCUCAUUUUCUUCUUUCAAACGUUCAUUGUCUGCACGAUUCCCAUUGUCAAGUACGCUGUCGACCCAUCCAUGUCAUACUUCCCUUCCGAAGCCGAUAACCGCUUUCAAUCUUGCGUCUUUGUUAUCGGUGGUAACACCAGUGCUUUCCUUAUCUCCAUCAUGGUCUUCGUGAGAUACCGCCAAAUGCGUUCCAUUUUCUACCAAAGAGACAUGAGAUACCUCUUUUGUUGGAACGCAGUUGGCAAAUGGCUUGGAUAUCUAUCUGCUAUUGGUCUCUUUGUAGUAACCAACGUAGAGAAGACUCAUAUCAGCCCAGUUCACUCGCCCGCCGCUCUUGUGAUGUUUGGAGGAUUCACCAUCUACAUAAUCUUCCAGUGCUACUUCACAUACAUCACCUCUCCAGAAAUCACCCUCUACACAGUAUUCAUUUGCCGUGUCGUCUGCACCGCCAUGGCUGGUCUCUAUUUUGUUACCUCCUUCGUUUGCGACAUCACCUCUUUCAAACUUUUCCACCAAAAAUACUCAGACCUCAAAACGCCAGACACAUGGGACGGACACUUCAGCCAACCAGGACUCGGGUUUCGCGUUAUCUCUGUGGUUGCCGAAUGGUGUUGUGCCGUCUUCCAAUUGGUUUUCAUGGUCUCGUUCGGACCGGAAUUCGAGAAGAUUUCUGCCGUGCCGUCUGCACCGCCAUGGCUGGGCUCUGCUUUGUUAUCUAAUUAUAAAACAUGUAUUCCAGCUUUCGUUUGCGGCAUCACCGUUUCCGCUCUCUUCCACCAAAAAUACUCAGACGUCAAAACGCCAGACACAUGGGACGGACACUUCAACCAACCAGGACUCGGGUUUUGCGUUAUCUCUGUUGUUGUCGAAUGGUGUUGUGCCGUCUUCCAAAUGGCUUUCAUGAUCUCGUUCGGACCGGAAUUCGAGAAAAUUUCUCUUGAAUACUUCUUGCGCUUUGAGUUCACCGACCAAGAGAACCGUGACUUUUCAUCGAUCAUAGAUGAAAAUGGACUACACAAUGGCCUACCUCCGGAUAAUAAUUAA